CCCGCCCCUUUGUGUUUGCUUCAGCGAAGUGUACUUCGUCAGAAGAGAAGCUGGAAACGGAAGACGCUGAAGAAAACAGAAGUCACCUGACUGUCAAAAAAGAAAGUGAAACCAACUUUGAUCUCCUUCAGAACAGCGUCCAUUUUGAGCCGCAUGAUGGAAAUAACUCGUUGACUCGUUAACAGAGGUAAGUGUUGCCGCUCCGGGUCCCUCCGUGUCUCUCUCGGCUCUCUGGAGCUUUCCUGACCGAUGAGAGGCUUUCAACACACAAAGAGUCUUCUGUUUCUGGAGAGACGGACGUUUUUCAUGAUCCAACACCAGAUACUUCACACACGGUAGCAGGAAGAGAAGAGAAGCUCUGAAGAACGAGUGAAUUAAAUCAAGUCUCCCUCAGAGUUGAAGGACAGUUACUGGAACUGGAUCACUGGGACUGACUGGUUCUGGUUUCUCUCUCCAAAAGGCCAGAAGAUGGAAGAUCUGGAUCUGAAAAAGGACAGAGCAGAACCUCCAGGACCCACCAGUCCAUCUAUGAGGAGUGAUCGGUCCAAACCAAAACCUCCAGACUUCAGUAAAGAACCUGGACCCUCAGACAGAAAGAGCAGCUUUGGUGAGGAGGAGCCUCCAUCCUGCUGUGGUUUGUCUCAGAAUGUUCUGAUGGAUCCGGUCUUGACCAGCUGCCCCCAGUAUGGGAAACAACCCAGAACAGGAUCUGGACCUCUGACAGCCAAUCAGAGCAGCUGUGCUCCAGAUAUUGUUGCUCAGUAUCAGCCUGACCUUAAAGAGUUUCUGAAGAUGAAGUUCCAGAGUCUCUCUGAAGGCGUCGCUGAACAUGGAAAUAAAACCGUUCUGAACCAGAUCUACACAGAGCUCCACAUCACAGAGGGGUUAACUAGAGAGGUCAACCAGGAACAUGAGGUCAGACAGAUUGAAACAGCAUCCAGGAAACAAGAAACAAUCAGAAGAGAAGACAUCUUUAAAACCCCACAUGGAAGAGAUCAACCAAUCAGAACAGUGAUGACCAUGGGAGUGGCUGGCAUUGAUAAAACACUGUUAACACAGAAGUUCACUCUGGACUGGGCUGAAGGCAAAACCAACCAGAACAUUGAUUUCAUAUUUCCAUUCACUUUCAGAGAGCUGAAUAUGUUGAAAGAAGAAAAGUUCAGUUUAUUAGAACUGAUUCAUAAAUUCUUCACUAAAACCAAAGAAAUCAGCAGCUUUGAAACGUUUCAGGUUCUGUUCAUCUUUGAUGGUCUGGAUGAAAGUCGACUUGAUCUGGAUUUCAACAACAAUCUGAUCCUGACUGAUGUUACAGAGUCCAGAUCACUGGAUGUUCUGCUGACAAACAUCAUCAGGAGGAAACUGUUUCCUUCUGCUCUCCUCUGGAUAACCACACGACCUGCAGCAGCCAAUCAGAUCCCAGAAAAGUGUGUUGACAUGGUAACAGAGGUCAGAGGGUUCACUGACCCCCAGAAGGAGGAAUACUUCAGGAAGAGAUUCAGAGAUGAUGAAGAGAAGGCCAACAGGAUCAUCUCCCACAUCCAGAAAUCAAAAACUCUCCACAUCAUGUGUCACAUCCCAGUUUUCUGCUGGAUCACUGCUGAAGUUCUGGAGAAUCUGAUGGAGACCAGAGAGGGAGGAGAUCUGCCCAAGACUCUGACUGAGAUGCACAUAGAGUUCCUGGAGGUUCAACUCACAAUCAAGAAGGAAAAGUAUGAUAGAGGAAAAAAGACAAAAUCUGUCUGGAGUCGAGAGAACAGGAAGUUGAUUGAGUCUCUAGGAAGACUGGCUUUUGAUCAGCUGCUGAAGGGAAACCUGAUCUUCUAUGACAAAGACCUCAAUCAGUGUGACAUCAGCAUCAAAGAUGCUGCGUUGUUUUCAGGAGUGUUCACUGAGAUGUUUAAAACAGAGAGAGGAGUGAACAACAUCUCUGUCUACUCCUUUGUUCAUCUGAGCGUCCAGGAGUUUCUGGCUGCAGUCUACAUGCUCCACUGUUUCACCAGCAGGAAGUCAGAGGUGAUCCAGACGUUCCUGAGAGAAAAAUACAAUGAAACAUCUCUAGAUGAGUUCAUGAAGAAAGUCAUGAAGAAAUCCCUCAGCAGUAAAAAUGGCCACCUGGACCUGUUUGUCCGCUUCCUUCAUGGUCUCACUGUGGAGUCCAACCAGAACCUCUUAGAAGAUCUGCUGGGUCAGAGAGAGAACAGUCCAGAAACCAUCCAGAGAAUCAUCACCAACCUGAAGGAGAUGAACACUGAUAGAAUCUCUCCUGACAGAAACAUCAACAUCUUCUACUGUCUGAUGGAGAUGAACGAUCUCUCAUUUUAUCAGGAGAUCCAACGGCUGCUGGAUUCAGGGAAGGAGCUCUCAGUGACUGACUGUUCAGCUCUGGCCUUCAUGCUGCUGAUGUCAGAGGUUCUGGAUGAGUUGGACCUGGAGAAGUACAACACAUCAGAAUAUGGACGACUGAGACUGGUUCCAGCUGUGAGGAACUGCAGAAAGGCUCGACUUGGUGGCUGUGAGCUCCGAAAGGAUGAAUAUGAAGUUGUGGCCUCAGCGCUGAAGUCCAACUCAGAUCUGACUGAACUGGAAAUAAAUCAGAUCAACAUAGAUGAAGGUGAAGAAUCUGAUCUGAAGCCUCUGGUUGAGAUCCUGGAGAGUUCAGUCAGUAAAGUGAAGAAACUGAGAUUGAACUGCAGUUUGUCAGAGACCAGCUGGACUUCUCUGUUCUCAACUCUGAAGUCCAAACCGACCCAUCUGACAGAACUGGACCUGACCUGGACCAACCUGGAAGAUUCUGGACUGAAGGAUCUCUGUGGUUUUCUACAGACUGAAGGCUGCAGACUGGAGACAUUGAGAUUGGAUCUCUGCAGUUUGUCAGAGACCAGCUGGACUUCUCUGUUCUCAGCUCUGAAGUCCAAACCGAUCCAUCUGACAGAACUGAACCUGAGCAGAACCAACCUGGAAGGUUCUGGACUGAAGGAUCUCUGUGGUUUUUUACAGACUGAAGGCUGCAGAGUGGAGACAUUGAGGUUGAGGAGCUGCAGUUUGUCAAAGAUCAGCUGUGAUUAUUUGGCUUCAACUCUGAAGUCCAACAGCCUCCAUCUGAAAGAACUUUACCUGGAAGGAAACUACCUGAAGGGUUCAGAUGUUCAGCAGCUGAAGGAUCUUGUAGAUGAUCUAAAGUGGAAGACAUUUAGGUAUUGAAUGAUCUCUGUGUCCUGCUGAUCCUCAGAGGUUGAAGCUGCAGCAGUUUGAGUCUAAAGAAACUCUGACUGGAUCAUGAUGAUGACCUCUGACCUCCACGAUUUUCCUCCUGUUUAUUUUCUCAUGUCUGUCAUUUAGUGUCAGAUAUUGUUUGUCUCUUUGGAUCAAUAAAGAUCCAAUUCAAACUGGGCUCCAUUUAGAGGCUUGAUGGAGUUUUGAUCUGAACUGGAUUCAACUGGAAAGUUGAUCUUUUUUCUCUCUGAUUCAUUUUCAUCCUGGAACCAGAAAUGGUCUGAGAAUGGAAACAUGGGAAUCAUUUCCAGUUCAGCUUUGAAGCCAUGAAAGACACUUCAACCUUCUUUUCUCUGCUGCUUCUUCCUUCUGUUGACACGAAAAUGUUCCUCAAAGCUCCUCAGAGAAAAAGAUGCUUUACUGGAAACUGGAGAGAAACUUCAGCUUCCAUAACAGAAACCAGUAGAACCAGUUUGGAACUGGAUGUCCCACAGAAACUCUGAUCUUAGAGCAGUUUUCAGGAACAUCCAUCAUUUAUCUGAAAAAAAUAUAUAGAUAUAUAUAUUGUGAUGGAAAAAUUACAAUAAGGUCACAUCUGCUAGUCAUGUUAUAUGAAAUGCUUAUGAACUCUCACCAAAAGAACUAUUUGGGUUUCAUGUACAAGGUUGGAAGUUUGUUUUCCACAGCUGCAUCCCAUAACCUUGCAUAAAACCCAUGUGUAGUUUUUGCUUGGCAGUGCUUUGCAUCCAGACUUGCUUCAUUACUGAUUGUCCUAUGAGCUCUCGCUAUAUUAUGCACAAUAUAUGAAUAAACCUGAUUCAGUGAUUUUACCUGAACAGUGCUUGGAAAUAGUAUAUUUCCACGAAAAUAUAUAAAUAACUUUUGCAUCAUAGUCAUUGUUGUUAAAUUGAUUUUAUCAAAAAGUUAAUGUUUUCAUAUUAUUAUUCUGUUGUGUUUUUUACUAGGCUCCUUUUCUUUCAUGGUACUUUAUUAACUGUUUCAGGACGUCUACUUUAGACUGUUGUAUCUCCAGGUUUCAACACUUGUCCAACAACCCCUGACCAAAAUCCCACUGAACUCCAGAAAAACACAACAUAUUUCUGACAUGAAUAUCCAAAAACGCCAAUCAAGUAAUGAAUGUAACAGCAUGGAUGAGAUCUUGUAACAAAGGAUUUGCCUCAUUGUUCUGAUGGAUGUUAUUGGUUUAAUUAACGGACUGCUUUGUUUUCUUGACAGAUGUAUAAUUUGUCUGAAUAAACCUACAAAUAAACAUUUUUAACAUCA